AGGAGCUCUACCUGUACCAUAACGAGGACCUCGGCGACGCCGGAGCACAGGCCUUUGCGCGAAAGCUGAGCGCAUCGGCCCCGCGAAGGUCGAGCCUCCGGCACCUCAGCUUGGCCGUGUGCGGCAUAGGGAGCCUCGGCGGCCGGGCGCUGGCGAGCGCCCUGGCCACGAACAGGAGCCUCGUGACCCUCGACCUCUCCUGCAAUGCCAUCACGGCCGCGUCCACCCAGGCGUUCGGACAGGCGUUGACGUGCAACAACACGCUCCUGACCCUCAACCUUGCGAUGAACGCCAUCAGCGCGGAGGGCGUUCGGGACAUGGUGACAGGAGUUGCAGCCAACACCGAGACUGCGAUCCGGAAGAUUGACGUGCAGCACCAGUCCCCCAAGGCGGACCAGCGCCGCUCCUCCGCGGCGCCGCCCGAGCACGUGGACUUCGGCAGCGCCGCCAGCGAGGCGGUGCUGCGCAGGUUCGUCGGGCUGCCCUGACGGCGGCAGAGGGCCCCCCCCCCUCCGUCCCGCCCCGCCCCGCCCCGCUCGCUCCCUGCGGCGGUGGGGGCGCUCGUGGAGGGGACGGCGAGCGGUUUCACGGGCCCUUCCUCUCUUCCUCCAGGACGCGCCCGUCCCCCUGCGGGGCAGGGCGGCUCGGCCCCCGAGCCAUGCUGGGCUCGGCACCGCGUGUGGCGAAGGGGCACGGCGGCCCGAGGCUCUUCGGGCCGGCGGCCCCGGGCCGCCUCGGCCGGCCGCGGCAGCGACGCGGAGGCCGCUGCCCAGAAGAAA